UGUCGAUACACUCCAUCCACCCCAGAGCGCAUGACGGAAAUGAUGCUGUACAGUAUGAGUCAAACCAUCUCUAGUCUUACGAUGCAUCGAUAACGAGAUUCUGCGACCAUGGAAUACCUUAGCGCGCUCCAGUCACCCGUUGACGACCUCAAGCCGUCAAUCUUCGAACUCCUCUCUGAACAACAGCUUGCAGCACUUCUUCCUCCCACACUACGUUACCUACUCGCAGUCGCGACUCAUAGACAUCCCCGCUACCUGCUUCGCAUACUCAAUAACUAUGAUGAAGUCUAUGGCCUGCUCAGCCUGGUGGUGGAGAGGUACUACCUCAACACAUUCGGUGGCAGUUUCACCGAGAACUUCUACGGUCUCAAAAGAGAGAAGGUCCUCAGUAUCAACGGCGGCGAGAUCAAGCGGACACAAUUAGCCGUCCCAGACGAGGUCCGCGAAAGAUUAAAAUUGAGUGGCGCAGAUAUAUGGAGGAACUUGGCCGUCCUGGUUGGCAUACCCUAUUUGAAGAGGAAGCUGGACGAGAGCUAUGAUAUACAUAUUGCGCCAACAGCAAGUUUGCUCAUGGCGGGCGGGCCGCGAUACUUGAACAGAGACGAGCUACCACCAAACGCGACAAUCAAGCAGCGGCUGAUGUACUACUACAAAUGGUUCCUGCGGAACGUCUAUCCAAGUAUCAAUGCUGCGUACUAUUUCGGUGUCCUGGCCUUCAGCUUGGGCUAUUUAUUCGACGCAACCAAAUUCUCGAGUCCAUUCCUUUGGAUGAUCGGGACCAGGAUGAGGAGAAUGGGAGCCGCUGAUUACCGCGCAAUCGAUGCUGCUACCGAGGCCGCGACCAAAGCCUCGAAUGCUGCGGGAAGACCAGGGCAAGGCCUCAGCGGCAUGCUGAACCCUAGGACAUUGUAUCCUCGACUCCUCUCGAGUCUCAGGAUUCUUCUACCGACCAGCAUAUUCGCCUUGAAAUUCUUGGAAUGGUGGCACGCCAGCGAUUUUUCGCGCCAACUGAGCAGGAAAGCUGCAGAAGGAUUGGAACUACCACCGCCCGUCGUAUCGGGCAUGGGUCUGGCUCAGAAGAUCAAGCCAGAGCAAACCUCGACCACAGCAAACACGGCUGCGAAACGAAAUCCACCCGUCUCAAGCAUUACGUAUCUCCCCAUUUUCACAGUGCCGCCACCCCCGUCGAGUGAUCUCUGUCCAAUUUGUCUUCAUCCUAUUUCCACUGCAGCCGCAUGUCAGACCGGCUAUGUUUUUGAUUAUAAGUGUAUUUUCCAAUGGGUUGAGGGGACGCAUGAAAGGCAAGAAGCAUUCAUGAAAGGAGAGAGGAUGAGUGAAUGGGAGGACGAUGAGGAGGAUGGAGCGGGAGAUGAGAAAGAUGACCCAGGCAGGACAAAAGCAACUCAAAGCCGAGAAGGCAAGUGGGAAAGCGGGAAAGGUCGUUGUGCAGUCACAGGCCGAAGAGUCCUGGGCGGUACCAGUGGACUUCGUAGGAUAAUGGUGUGAUUCCCACGUCAGCGGGAGCAUUUGACUGGCAAAUUACCACUACGACUGAGCGGCCGCGAUGACCUAAGUCCAGUGCAGCAAGUCUGGCCUGGCAAAGUCCUUGAUGAUAGCCAUCGCACCUGGGUGAGAAAAUUCGACGGCCAGCGACAUAGUGGCCUUUAAAGACGCGUCCGGCUGGUAUGGAUGGAGACGGGUUGCGUCCUCCUCCGAAGCCAUGGCAUCCUCUCCAUCAGCGGUCUGAAACAGUCUGAUAGCACCAGUUACCCCGGUCUCUGCAUGCCGAGCAUGGUUGACCCUCACGUGUAGCCCUCGGAAAAUUUCUACCACAGCAAGCGAUGUCAUCAAUAGGCGAACUGUACCGUCCGCCAGGCGAUGCGGCGGGGCGGAUUCAGGGGGUUGAAACACUUGCCAUCUCUUGGCAGGACGACGUCAAUUUGGGUUCCACCACCGCUUCCACUUCUAUCGACCUUUUCUUUUUGGCUGGUCAAGGUGCAUCAAGACACCACGAGCGAGUCUCAAAGAGCAUUCCUCUCCUCUACGAAGCGGCAGACUUGCGAGCUUUGACAAUGACUGCCAGGGCCGUUCCCGGGGGUUCAUUGGUAGGGAGAGCCUGCCAGAAUACCGUAUCAAUCGCGCAACGAUCCCUGCCCGCCAUGUUAUCAUGAAACACAUGUGUCCACGCAGUUCCUUCAGGCAAUGUUUCUUGGCGCUUUGGCGGAUCUGCAUGCAGAGAUCCAGUGUUUGCGAUCUGGACCGAGUGCUAUAAUCCUUGUCCAUUUUUUCGAUUCUGCCAGCUACACCCGGCUAUAACCCCCAUGGACGGUCUUGUUCAUUCGCCAUACUCUCCUAUCUGUCGACUGAAAUCAUCAUGCUUGUGUCCAUAGGAUCCUCCAAUGUGAAACCCACCAAUGGCUGUCGCCAAAUUGCUUUCUUGUCAGGGAAGUCGAGGGGUGCUUGAGAUAUAUUGGUAUGACUUUCCUCUCCGAAGCCUGUCUUUUCUUCAGAG